AUGGCGCGCUGCGGCUGCGGCGCGGCGCCGAAGGGCCCCGGCGCGGCGGCGGCGGAGCGGCAGCGGCUGAAGGAGGCGCUGGCCGAGCAGCUCCGGCAGGACCUCGACAGGCUGCUGGCGGAGGGGACCCACUCGGACGUGACCUUCCAAGUAGGCGACGAGGAGGUGCGGCUGCACCGGGCGGUGCUGCUGGCGCGGGCGCCGCUGGUGUGCGAAGGUCUGGCGGGGGGGCAGCUGCAGCUGGACAGCAUGGAACCCGCCGAGGUCCGGGAAUUCCUGCGGAUUCUAUAUUCAUCUGAUAUAAAUCUUAAAGAAAUUGAAGAGCUGUUUAUGAGGAAAAUACAAGAAAGCAACACUACUACUCUUCAGAAUGCUCAAAACAAUGUUAAUUGUCUUGGACAAAGCAAAAGAGCACCAGUUGAUCAGAAUAGUCCAAGUGGAGCCGUGCAGAAAGAACUUGUUUGUCUGUCUGGUAUUGAGGAAGAAAUUCCAGAAGCAGUCACUGAUGCAGAAAGCAACAAAGCAACUGCAGGUAAUUCUGAAGUAGAAACUGCAUCUAUGUUAGGAGAAGACUUAUUGAUGCUCUACAAGAAGUGCUGUUGUCCAGAUAUUAAUAUUUGCGUAGAAGGCAAAGAUUUUCAAGCUCACAGGGCCAUUUUAUGUGCCAGAUCUAGUUACUUUGCUGCUAUGCUGAGUGGAAGUUGGGCUGAGAGCUCUCAAGAGCACAUCACUCUUCAAGGCAUAAGCCAUGCAGAAAUGAAUGUCAUCUUGCAUUUUAUAUAUGGAGCUAUUUUGGACUUCCCAGAAGAAGUUGAUGUUGGUCGCAUGUUGGGCAUUGCAGACAUGUAUGGGCUGGAUGGACUAAAAGAAGUGGCUAUCUACAUUUUGAAAAGAGAUUACUGCAAUUUUUUCCAAAAGCCUGUUCCCGGCAAACAGCAACCUGUGCUAGAAUGCCUGGCUAUUGCUCAUUCAUUGGGAGUGGAAAAUCUAUAUGCUGCUUGCAUGAAAUGGGUAGGAAAACAUUUUGCAAGAUGUUUUUCAGAGAAAAGCUUUGCCAAUUUACCUACUGAACUUCAGAACAAUUGUCUUGUUAUGUUGAUUAACUCUUUGAACCACAAGAAUGCUGCUUUCCGUUUGAUGGAGAGUGACCGGCUGAUCAAUAGCCUUCCCCGAGUGAAAUGGACAGAGGCAGCUGUGGCCUUGGCAUCACGGCUACAUGAGGAAUGUGUAACCUUUAUUGUUGCAAACUUCCUACAUCUAGUACAAAGUGAAGGCUUCUCUGUUUUGUUGCAGGCACAGGCAAUGAGCAGCAAACCUGACCUUCUAGAACUAAUUUUCAAUGCAAUUGAAAAAAGCAUUAAUAAUGAAAAUAGCUGCUUUCUUCUUGUAGCAGUGGAUAUGUUGUUGGAGUCUGCAAAUGUGAAGGAGAUGGGUUUUACGUGCAAGAUCCAGGCGCUGCGUGAUAAGCUCUGGGUCUUCCUGGUUCAGUCUUUUUAUGCUGUUCGUCACACAGAAGGCUGGAAGCUGAUGAGGCCAGACCAUCAACAGAAAAUACAAGCAGCUGCAUUUGACAAGGGUGAUGACCGAAGACUUGGCAAAAAACCUGUGUUCACCAGUUCUCAGCUAAAUAAAAUCACUACCGUAUCUGUUGGUAUAAGGAAUACUUCCUGGGCAGAACACAGCAAGAAAGAUUGCUGGGGAGAUUCUUCCACUAAUCAGGAUAAAAUGAAAUCUGAUGGAUUAGGAGCAUCUGGACAUGCAUCCACCAAUAGAAACACUGUUAAUAAGACUUCAAAGCAUGAGGAUGUAAAGGGGAAAGAUGGCAAAAAAUUAGUUUCCAAGAUUACGAAGGAUUCCAAACCUGGGGAAAAAGCUGCUUUGCCAAAGGCUAGAGCUGUUAUAAAGACAAAAAUAGAAAAUAAUGGAAAUGUGAAGGCUGAAAGCAUGCUUACCAAGCAAGAUAUAGAAAAGACAUCAUCUGGAAGUGGGCAAAAAAAUUCAGGAAGCAGCAAAGGACUAAAGAAUCAUGAAGGAAAAAUUGCAGGUGCCAGACCUAAAGUACUGACAGUAACGUCAAGCAUGCAGAACAAAACAAAGCCAUUGAAAAAAACCACAGGGAAGGAAUCUCCCUCCUUGGUAACUGUGGCAGCAACUUCCAGCAAGUCAGCAAAUUCAAUCCUGGAUAUCCAGACUGCAGGUGAACAGACAGAGGAACCUAAAGAGGAUAAAUCGGUAGAGGAAAGGAAAAAACAGACUGUAGUAAAAACAAAGGCAUCUGUGAAGGUAUCCAAUGGAGUCAUCACCAAAAAAAAAAAGACUGAGCUUGAAGCUAAUGUCCCAACAAGCAGUCCAACUAAAAAAACAACAGGAAAAGGGUGUAAUGAGCAAAAUGGACAAGCUGUUCUAAAGAAAAAAGGGAACGUGAGUACAAAUUCUGCAGCACAGCAAAAGACUCAAAACACACCUACCAAUUCUCCCAAGAACCAAGGACCUCAGGGGGAAUCACCAAAUUCACUGAAAUCAGGAACAUCUCCAAAACAUAAUGAAGAAAAAAAUGUGUUACAGCACCUGGUUCAGACAACUCUCCCAGAAAAACAUCCUUCAGCUAAGAAGAAGAGUAUUAAACAAUCACAAACACCUGUAACAAAAGCCACUUCAAAGAUAACAUCUAAGACUCUGGCUCCAUCAAAAAAUGCUGAGAUUACAAAUAGUAAAGACCCAAAACAGAAAACAGCUGCAUUAAAAUCUCAAUCCUCCACCCAAAAGCAUUCAAGGAGUGAUUCUCCUGUUGUCCAGAAGAAUGUGCACACCUCUGAGCACAGAGGUUCAGGACAGAAACUUGAGAAAAACACGGCUGAUGCUGUGGCAGUUCAGCUUCAUGACAAUAAUGAAUGCUAUUCUGCAAAUAAAUCUUUAAAACCUGCCACAGAAAAUGGCAGUGACAGUAAAUUGCUGGAGUCUUGUCAAUCCAAUAAACAAAAAUUACCAGAUUCUUCUGAAACUGUGCAAUACGAAAUACAAUCCAAAUAUUCUCAAAUUGCAGAAGAAACUAUUUAUAAACUGAAUGUUUCGCUACAAAAUGACAUGGAAACAAGACAAAUCUGUGGAGAUCAGACUGGAAUUAGAAAGACUGAAGAUCCAGGGAAAAAUGAUAAUACAGCUGAAUUUCACUGUCAUGCACAGUCUUCCAAUGAUGGAUAUUCAGACUUUUCCAAGGAAACCAAUCAAAAGGCUAUUGUUUUAGGAGAACUGGUGAAAAAUUCAAAAGCAACAAAUGUCUGUAAUGAACAGAGUGAUAAAAUAAACUCUGAAACAGGUCUUAACUAUGGUGAAAACACUUUGUCAAGCUUUUCCCAAGUAACCAAUAAAGAAGAUGAGACAUCAUCUCCUCAGAUCCAUGUGGAAGGAUUUCUUACAGUUGAUGAACUGUGUGAUACAUCAGCCUUGACUGAAUAUAAAUCAGUUGCAACAGAUUUAGAUGAUGCUUCAGAAUGUUCCACAGAACAAAUAACAGAAAAAUAUUCACCUAAUUACACAGAGCUUAUAGAACCUAUGGAAAUGCCAGAAAACCAUGAAAAUGCAGAGAUUCCCUUUGUGGACCACUGGACUACAAGUGCCGUAGAUCCAAAAGAGAGCCCUGAAUCAGAUACUGGCAGUGCAACCACAUCCUCUGACGAUAUAAAACCAAGAUCAGAAGAUUAUGAUGCUGGAGGCUCUCAGGACGAUGAGGGAUCCAAUGAAAGAGGCAUUUCUAAAUGCAGUACUAUGUUAUGUCAUGAUUUUCUUGGAAGAAGCAGCAGUGAUACAAGUACACCUGAGGAAUUAAAAAUUUAUGACAGCAGCCUAAGAAUAGAGGUGAAAAUGAAAAAAGAGGGUUCUGAUCUCUUCCGUGUUAAUUCAACAAGUGACGAUGAAAUACCAAGAAAAAGACCUGAAAUUUGGUCCCAUCAAGAGAGUUCACGGACCACUACUAGAGAAUGCAAAAGUUCUACUUUUGGUAAUGCACAGUUUACUCAGGAAGCAGACCAAGUUUCUUCUUCUGCUGAUGAAACAGAAGAUGACAGAUCUGAAGCAGAGAAUGUUGCAGAAAAAUUUCCCCCAUCAAAUGUUCCUACUCAACAGUUCCAAGGAAUUGAUAAUUUAGCUUUUGAGGAUGCAACAGAAAAUGAUACUGCAAGCCAGGAGUUUUCUAAAACUAAAAAUUUCAAACGAUCUGUUUUACUUUCAGUAGAUGAAUGUGAAGAAUUGGGAGCUGAUGAUAAAGUAGAAACUCACAGUUCACGUCAGCACUCAAUAGAUUCUCUUACUCCUUCAGAAGUAUUUGACAGCGUUUCUCAAGAGCCCCAUGGAAAGACAUUUUAUUCAAAAUACUCAUUGGAAACUGAAGAUGGAUUCCUGGAUGGCAAACAGCGCAAGGAUAGAGACAAUAGGUUGGAUAAAAGUGGAAGUUCUCUCCUGCAUCUUCACGGUACUGAAAUCCCAGGAAAAGAGAAUCAAGGUGCUUCAAUGACUGAACAAAGUUGCCCAGAGAAAGUAUAUUCAGCAGGUAGUCCACAUCCAGGAGAAAACCAGCAAGUAAAUAUGAAAAAUGAGGUGGCUAGUGAAUUUCACCAGUGCAAUAAGUACAUAGACAAUGAUGCAAAAUCUCAAGAAAGACCAUGUCAUCUGGAUCUUCAGCAGAGAGAAACUAAUUCUGAUGCGCAAAAGAGCAGCUCUGCAAAACCUGUAGAAGCCAGUAAGAAUCAGAUGCUGACUCAGGAAAGUCAAGUGAGAGACAGUCAACCAGCAACUACUGAAUGCGCUAAUACUGAUUUACUUCCAGGAGACAUAGAUGAUUAUGACACAAUGGCACAAACCUGCAUGUAUGAACAUCGGCCUUCAAAAACCCUUUCUCCAAUAUAUGAGAUGGAUGUUGGAGAAGCAAUUGAGCAGAGGAUGGAUUCAGAAACAGCAGUUCUAGAGAUGGAUUUUGAAGAUCAACAGUUUGCAGAACAGGACUGGACUCUACUCAGGCAGUUGUUAUCUGAGCAGGACUCAAAUAUAGAUUUCAAAAACUCUGUUCCUGAAGACCUUAACUUAGCACAAUGUCUUAUCAAUCAGACACUGUUUCUGGCACGAGAUGGUUCGAAUCCUCAGGGUACCUCACAAGUUGACACAUUCAGUAGGUGGACUGAACUCAUGUCUCCACUUGACGAUUCCUCAGCAAGCAUUACAGUGGCAAGCUUUUCCUCUGAAGACUGUUCGUCCCCUCAAGGGGAAUGGACAAUUCUUGAACUGGAAACCCAUCAUUAAAGUGUCAGCUGUUUGCAACUGAACUCCAACCUGUUCCCCAAAUCUAUUUUUGAUGAGUUGUUUCCAUACCAUAAUGAAAUACUGCAUCAGUCAAGAACAAGCAAUUCUUGAUACUGAGGCAAUCUUUCUGAUAAAAUGAGGUAAAUAUGUUAACUUAUCAUCUAGAUUUAAUCACAAGUACAGUAAUUUUUCAAGACUUAAAUGGAUGUCUUUUCUAAAAAUGAACUUUGAGCAUGUAUUUUCUAGAAUUGUUAGAAAAACUAGAUGACAUGAAAGAAAGGUCUGGGUUUCCACCCUCUCUUUUAUCUUCUUUUUUGACAUUUAAUGUUCUCAUUGAUCAAAAAUUUAAAGAUGAAUGCACUAUUAGUAGAGCUAUUCCUCUCCUUUCCCGCCCCCCUCCCCAAUGUGGUGACUUCAUUUUACAACAAUAAAGAUUCAGAAUGGUUGUGUCAAAAGAUGAUGUGUGCCAACACUACUUUAAAUGACAGCAAAACACACUUAUAUUCAAAGAUGUUUCAAUCUGAAUCUGCCUUGGGCCUUAUUAAUAUGAGCAGCUUGUUUUAUCUGUUCCUUCCAGAUUUGAUUUUUGUAUUUUGGUUUGUUUUGUUUUAGAUGUUUCCAAUAAAUUUUUUUAAUUACCUUUUCUUCAAAUAUAAAACUUCAGACAGUUUGUGCUGUGUGAAGACCACUGUUUCUUUCAUGAAGUAUUUACUUCUUCAGGAAGUAAAUACACACAUUUAAGUAAAUAUUUUAAAUGGCAUAGUGCGUGAAUUCAAAGUUAGUAGAAUGUUGUUCCUGCUCUAAGAAACAGCAGGUCUGAUGUCUCUAAAAGUACAUCUAAAUCUGAAGUUGUGGUCAGUGUUACAUCUCAAGUCUGAUGUUAACUAGAAUUACCUUCAGGCAUAAUUAAUUACACUUGCACGUUCUCAUGCUGAGGUGUAUAGCAAGAUUCUCAGGAAUUUGGUUUUGUGUGUUUUCACAGAUGCCACAUUUUUGGGAGUGGUAAUAGGAUUCUUGCAUCUUCAUUAUUAUCUCUAGUGCAGCUUUUAUAAAUUGAGACUAAAUGUCACCAUAACCUUUGACUCAGACUGAAACAGGAUAUACAGAUCCUUUUUCUGCUCUUGUCUCUUUGGGUGUGGAUAGGACUGAUUAUUUUCUUUUGUGACUGACAGGGGAGGAAGGAGUGAGAAACUUUUUGUAAUUCUUACCAAGUCAGAACUCCUGAAACGUACAGGGGUUUUUUCCCUGCACAGGUUGGACUCUCUUAAGAUAACAGUAGAGGUUGUCCUUCACACAUCUUAAAAUCUAAAAAGGAAGUAUUCUACCUCCUCUUAGUCAUUAACAGAAGUGCCUUCAGAAGUGGGUGCCAUAUAGGAGUAAAAGGCUACUAACAUUCUAUUUUGGUUGAAACUACACAAGUACACAACUUAAGCUGACUGUAACCACUGAUAACAUGGUCAGUUUUGCAAGCUUUUGCACAAUUCCAGCAGUGCAUCUUAACUUUCUUGACAAACUUAAUUUCUUUUUGUUCAUAGUCAGAAACUCAGUUCUGUGGAAAUACAAACUUGCCCUAGUGUAUGAUUAAAGAAGUUAUGACUUCGGGUUUGACAGAAAAAAGAUCUUUGAGGCAAAAUAAUUUAUCUAGUUGAAUUUCUGUUACAAAAGUAAUGUAAAUAAAAAAAUGAAUGGAGGAAUAAUUUUAUUUUGUUUUUUUAUAUCAAGGUAAAGGGAAAAAAGGAAAAGCUUCCUUUCUCUUUAUGUCAGUGGAGGACUCUAAAUUCAUGGAAGGAAGAUUUUCAGUCUCAUCAUAAAAAUCUUUAAUCUGCUCUUUUAGCAGCAGCAUAAAUAAACUGAGAUAUUGUAAUUCACAAUAUUAUAAAUGUAGUCCUUUGUAUUUAACCCAGUCUUCAUAUUGCACCUUUAGAAGUGCAAAACAUCAAGAAAACCUAUUUUCACCUUCAGCAUUUACAAGGUACAUCAAUAGGUGCUAAUGUAUUGGAUAAAAUAAAGAACUAUAGUACUGGUCCUAGUAAAAGAUGAAGCUCAAGAGAAGCUCUUACAAAAGGCUAAGGAAUAUUGUUUUUCAAUGUCUGUGUAAAGCACUACAGUAAAAGUUGCUUAUCAAAAAGUUUAAUCAACUUUAAAAUCCUGAUGAUAUUCUGAUAGUGGGCAUUCACAUGUUAAACAUGAUGAAGUGAUGGAAAGGAGAAGUGACAGAAAGUGAAAGAAGGGAUCCUUUUGUCUAUUUUUCACUUUGCCCGUAUUUUUAACUUCUAACUGAAUAGAUAAAGUGACACUGAAAACUGACACAAAAUUUCAGGUUUAUUGUAUGAAAUGCAAUCACAUAUAGGGUUUUAUAAUUGUGGUUUUUGUCUUUGCAUUUACUUUUUCAGUUGUAUGAAAAUUAAAUUAGCUUCUCUCUUCAAGUCCCCAGUGAUGUUGUUGCAAUUCCUUUAACAGUUUUGCAGCAGACCGCUGAUUAGGAUAUGGUAUUGUUCAGUUGGUACAUAGGCAGCCAUAGAAUUCAGCUUCCCACAGCCAAAUAGUGUCUGUAGAAGUAGCGGGAAUAGAAAGUGGUAUUGUUUUUAAUUCGCGUUACUAGAGCGCCUGUGAGGCUUAAUCAGACCAGCAUCCCACUGGCUAGACAUUGUACAAACAAAGAGCAAAAACAAAGACUUCCCACAGAGUGGUUAGAAUCCAAGAUAAGACAAAAGACAAAAAAAAAAAAAUGCACAUGAAUGGAAAAGUAAAAUAAGAGUGUCAAUAUUUGUCUAGCUGAUUAGCAAUGGUUUCAACACAUGAUCAGUUUAAAUAGUCAUUUUUUUUCUCCUACUGUAUGCAUGACGAGAAGGGGAUACUUUAGGGUGAGAUCUGAAGGCUGGAUAACGAGGGAGCUGGAAGAAUGUAUAUUCCUGACCAGCCUUGUGUGCUGCCAAAACUGUUUGACCCUGACCUCAUUCAGAAGAAUGUUCAAGCUUAAAGCCAGGUGUAGGUAGCUAUUUGUUUAAUAGUAUCAGUCACCUGAGUUCUUUGGAGUCCUUCUCAUACCUCCUGGCAGUGAUUUUUAUCACUGUAUUCACCCUUUCUCCAAAAUAUGAUAGAAUGUAUAAAGGUUUGUUUGAAAACUUCAUAGAGAAAUAAUCAAAGCCGGUGCCAUGGACUCCAAGUGAAUAGUGAUUAUGAGGUCCUGAAGGACCUCUAAAGCAAAGACAAGGUAGAUACAUCUGAUGGAACAGUGAAAGGGCAUCAGUGAGAAAACUAAAAAGAUAGCAUAGUCAGAAUGCUACCCUUGCAGUAGUAUUUGGAAUAAGAGCAGUGAAAUUGCUUUGUCAAAGCCUGAGAACACCAGUUCUCAGGUGAAAGCGACAGCUUACCUGAAGUUGUUCUUUGAAUGGGCAAAGACAUCUGUAUCCUACAGAGAGUAAGACCACAUUUAGUGGUGACUAUCAGUGAAAAUUUAAAGGAGAGGGCUUGGAAAUCAGUCUCAGAUAAUGUCCCUGAUUUGGCCUAUCUUGAAUGACAUGUUAUGAAAGUGAAAAAUAGGAAAGAUGUCCUACAUGUAUGAAUGUAUUAAAUUUUUAAAAAGACUGGACCUCCAAAAGUGGUAUCUGCAGACAUAUUUACUUUUUUAUUCUCUUGGAAAGUUAGAGUCUAGUCUGGACUGGAGAAGCAGCUUUGCAGGGUUUUACAUACAGAUAAUAGCUAAAAUUGUAUUUAUGGAGUAAGUCAGCAACAGACAUAAUUGCAGACAGAAAAGGGAAGGCCAGACACUUGGAACCAUAUAAGAAAGUGAGGAAGGGAGAAGUUCUUCCAAAUAAUCUAUUAAAAAAAAAAUUAGAUAAGCAAAGGAAAUAAAAAGAUGGAAGCAGGAGUCAAAUGAGGAUGAGAGGAUUUAAGGAAAACUGCACCAGUAGCUUCACUGAACAUAGCCUGCAGGGCAGAUGAGUGUAAAGUAUCUGUUUUGAGGUUGAUAGGAAUGUGUUCCGAGGGCCAUGUUCAAAAUGAGAGAUUGGCCCACAUAGUCAAAGGCAAUAGCAAACAGCAGUUUGGUAGAGCCUGACAGAACUGCAGGAAGGAAACAGAGCCUAGCCUAAGAGAGAAAUAACAGUUAGAAAAGCAGAUCAGUAAAUAAUAUCUUUUGGUUUGCUUUUUCAAUGCAUGAGAUUAUACUAUGUUUAUAUAGUGCAGCAAAAGAAAUGCAGAGGCUGAGACAUACAGUGAAGAUCAGAAGAGAUAAGUAAGCAUGAAAUGAGAUCAGCGGGCAGUCUGGACUGCUACAACUGAUCAGAUAAGUGCAUAAAAAACCCAGACAUCUGCUUUUGUGGUAUAGAGGUAAUGGAAAGGACACUUCAAAAAAUCGUAAGUUUUUCCCUUAGAAAAGCUGCUUCUAGAAUCAAAGAAUCAAAGAAAAAUUGCAGAAAAAUCAGCAAUACAGGAAAAUGCAGGCUUGAACUGACUUCUAAAGGUCUGUAGUCCAACCUCCUACUAAAAGCAGGGGUAACUUCAAAGUUAGAUCAGGUUCUUAGGGCCUCUUCAACAUCCACAGCAUAUAAAAUGAAAAAAAAGUCAGCAGGCAGAAACACAGUGCUUAUGGGAAACAGAUAUUUGAGAUUAAACUAAUCUCAUUAUAAUAAAAUUACUUUGGGUAUCAUUGGAAAAUACUAAUAAUUGAGUACAAGAAAUAUGGCUAGCUUGCAAUGUUUUUAAAUUCUGGAUGAUAUGUGAAUGAACUGUACAUGUUUAAUAAUCUUAUUCCAUAAUUAUUUCAAAUUUAUACUCCAUUUUUGAGAUGGCAAAUUCCAUUAUUGUUUUGGAAGAACUAGGGCAAGAGAAUUUCCCGUGUUUCUCACAAAGACUGUCCCUGGGAUGUGUUCCCCUAACUUUGUCUAUCAGCUUGUUUCAGGGAAUAUGUUAAAAAAAAAAUCACACACCUGUUCUACAGGUACAUACUGUAGGAGACUAUUUUAUAUGUAUUUCAAUAUUUCAAUAUAUAUUAUUGCCGUCUGGAAAAUAAUAAGUAGCAUGCUCCUUCUACUUUGCUCCAGAAAACCUAAACCUUUGCAUGAAGGAAUUAAGAACUGCUCUUAUGUUGUUCAUCUGUUGCUCAGAACCAAGACAUCUAGGAGUUCAUUAUUUUGCUUUCACUAAUGUCAAAAAAACCUCUUGUUGACCUCAGCUGAAUCAGGUUCAGGACUUAUCUAUAUUAAUGCAUGUACUAGAAAUGCUAUUUUUCCAAUAUAUCUAUUUCGUAGUUUCCUAGUUUGACUCUACUAAUAACAUUGUACAAUUGUAGGUAUGACAAAUUACAGCUAGAAAGACUUCAAUUUAGGAGUCAUAACUGUAUGCAUUCUGUUAAUAUUUCAUGACUGGGGUGAUUUAACAUUUGUACAUUGAUGGAUGACGUUCUUGCCAGGACUAUACAGGAACUGAGGACAAAAGAUAAAAUGAGAAGUAUUGCAGCUUUAUUACAACAGAUGAUUCUCUGGAAAUGGGCUUUCAGAUCUGAAAUCAAAUAUAAUUAGAAGCUUUCAUCUCUUGCAGAAAAUCCACACUGAUUUUCAUCUUUCUCUCUUGAACAAAAGCAAUAUGCAAUUUUCUUUUAAAAUAAGCUUUAAUGUUCAACUUUGGAAAAAUUACAGUUCAAAUGUCUUUAGCUAAUUUAAAACCUAGCUUCUUUCUAUUGACAACUACUGUGUGUUUAAGGAAACUAAACCUGUAACAGAGAAAAAUUAUUCAUCUAAAAGAUGGAUAUCAACUGUGGAAAAACACUGAGUUUGGUAAUUUCGUUGGUUUUUUACAUUUGGUAACUGAAAACAGAAGAAGCUAUACAGAGCAGGCGUGCACAUACACCUGUUUAUUUCUUGCAUUUGACCUUCCUUUCAUACUUCUCUUUGCAAUCUGCACUGUACACUCUAUUAAGCCACAGUUCUGCAAACACAGAAGUGAAUCCACAGCCACAUCUGCAGAUUGGCUUUCAGCUCAACAUUCUCUUUUCAGGGAGGGUAAUGGAGCUGACACUGGGGGCAGGCACUGUGCAUACUUGUGCUUUUAUAUGGUACUCAGCUUAAUGAGGUUCUAAUCCUGAUGAACCAUCUGGAUGCAGUUAAAGUAUGAAAUAAUUAAUAAUGGAAUUCCAUUAAAUUGCUUCCCUGUUCUCCUUAAAUGACUUCUCAGAAGACUGUCCAGUUAGAGAAAUCAAAGUCCUAAGAAUCUUUUUGCAUUACAUGCAACAAAAGUCCUUUCUCUAUUGCACAGUAAAGUUUGAAUACAUACUUUUCUGUGCCAUACUUCAUACGCAUACUUCAAUAACUCAAACUUCAAUAUCUGGAGAGGCUGACUGUAACUAAGUAACUAGAUUCAUUUAACAAGGACACUGAUGCUCAAAAUAGGGUUUGUAUACUUAAAGAUGAUGACUGUUAACUGGACUGGAGUGUAUUCUGGUGAACCUGAACAGAGGUCCACAUGCCCAAACUGGGAUUCAGCCCAAUUACCCAGGUAGUCCAUCAUACUUUGUAUUUAUGCACUCGAGUGACAGUGACUACUCUUUCUCAGCUCCUGCUGAACUUAGUGUGAGUGCUAUCAGAUGCACAUUUAUAAAGACCACUUUAUUUAAGUGUCUGGACAGAAAGACUUGUUACUGGAGUAAAAAUUUUGGCUCAUGUACCUUAAAUGUAUAAAACACUUUUGAUACUGAUCUCACCAACUUACUUUAAUCUACAAUAUCCUCACCUAUGCAAUCCUUAUGUCAGAAUUUUUUCAAUUUUCUUACAGUUGUGCUUAAUAAUUUUCAUUCUUCACUUAUUUUUUUUAAUAACUCUCUUUCAAGUGUGGCAUGACAUCCUGCCAGUAAAGUUAUAUCAGUGUGCUUAAGAUCAAUACAGAUAGGACACACCCCGUGUACAUACCAGAUCCAGAGUAGGCAGUGUAAGAACUUCUUGUGACUUUCACACAAUGAGGUAAUAUCCACAAAUAAAAGACCCACUUCUAAGUCAAACUUCCUGCCUGUAACAAAAUCUCCUGUAUCUGUAGAGGAAAUAAAAACCUUCAAUCUCUAUUUUCUGGAUUAUGUUCUAGUAACCAAGAUUAAUCCAAUAUAGGUAUAAUGGGAUGCAUAUGAAGAGAAGUUUGAGUCACUAACUGUAGUCCAUGGCUUUAUGGUCCUAGAAUAUUUUGAUCACUCAGUCCUGUGGAGAGGAGGGAAGGGUGUUAAGCUCUCGAACUGAAUGCUUGCAUGUUUCCCACCCGCUUGCUUUCCAGACUUAGAUAACGAGCUGGGGCCUAAGUAAUCCUACUUUGAAAUGAUUUCUUGUCAACAUGGUGUUCUGUUUCCAGAAUAUCUGUAUGGUUGCAUAGUCCCACAACCUUUCUUCCCCUUACUACAUACUGAAGGUUCUUAGUUGAUUUCUGUAUGACAGAAAAUAAUAAAUCCUAUGUGUAAGUUAAA